UACCGGAGACGCCGCGGAGGGGGCGAGCCGUGCCCGCUGCCAUGGAGGCCCGCUACAACCUCAAGAGCCCGGCUGUCAAACGUUUGAUGAAAGAGGCUGCAGAACUGAAGGAUCCUACAGAUCAUUAUCAUGCACAGCCUUUGGAGGAUAAUCUUUUUGAAUGGCACUUUACUGUUAGAGGCCCUCCAGAUUCAGAUUUCGAUGGAGGGAUUUAUCACGGGCGAAUAGUACUACCACCUGAAUAUCCCAUGAAACCACCCAGCAUUAUUUUGCUGACGGCCAAUGGCAGGUUUGAAGUGGGGAAGAAAAUUUGUUUAAGCAUCUCAGGGCAUCAUCCUGAAACAUGGCAGCCUUCAUGGAGUAUAAGAACAGCUUUACUAGCCAUUAUUGGAUUUAUGCCAACCAAAGGUGAAGGAGCAAUAGGAUCUCUAGAUUAUACACCAGAAGAAAGAAGAGCUCUUGCAAAGAAGUCACAAGACUUCUGUUGUGAAAUGUGUGGCACAUCUAUGAAGACAGCCCUCUUACCACUAACAUCCGGAAGCGUGUCAAGCCAGGCGGACAAGGAGGCUAAAGAACUUGCCAGACAAAUUAGCUUCAAGGCAGAAAUCAAUUCAUCCAGGAAGUCUGAUGCUGGACCCUCAAACACGUCAGGAUUGAACCACUCUGCUGCUUCACGUGAGCCCCAGCAGGAUGGUGCAGCUAGAGCAUUCCAAGAUCCAGCAAGUGCAAUGUCUGAAACUCAGAAUAGCAGUGCAGCAGCUAGUCAAGAGCAUACUCCACCUGCGUCCACCAACACGUCUAUAAGUCCUCGGCAGCGCCGUGCCCAGCAGCAGAGUCAGAGACGGGCUCCGUCUUCAACUGACUUUAAUCGGAUACAGCAACCAAGAGUCAACAUGAACAACACUGGAUCAACUGUUCUGAUUGUCCUUCUGACUUUUGCAUUGGCAGCUCUUAUAUUUCGUAGAAUAUGUUUGGCUAACGAGUAUAUAUUUGAGUUAUAAGGUUGUUUGUUGUAACAGUGGUGACUUGAAUGCUUCAUUGAACAUUCUGUAUUGGAUAUGACGUGAGAACUGUUUACAAAGAUUACUUUUUGUAUUUACGCUUAAAUCCUUAUGAAUGUUAAUGUACCUACAGAUACAUUACUUGUAAGAAAAUCAAAAUUGGACAUUUAACUACAACAGGUGUUAAUUGAGUGCCCACUAGAUACUUGGAGAAACAGUGCAGUGGAAUAGUAACAUUAAGCAUGUGGGAGGGGAGUCAAUUUCAGUAAUUUAUCAACUAGAAAAAGACAAUUUUAAACAAGUGGUUGAUUCACUUUUUUAUGGACCGUAAAUGCAAUUAAUCACUGCAUCUAAGUUAGUACAAGAUUUGACGUUGGAGAAGGAAUUAUAAAACGAAACACUACUAUGUGUUUGUGUCCAGUGAACUCUUAAUUUGGAGCGGAUACAGUUUUGUAACCACUUUUAUUUACCGUGACACAUUUCUAGAGGGGGAACACAUACAAAUUGGUUGUGAUGCUGCUUUGUGUGUGUGAA